AUGGAAAUAACGAAUAAUCAAAUCUAUGAGCUGUUGAAAGAAACCGUAGCUGCGAACACAAAAACUACAGAAGAACUGAAACAAGCAAUUCGUUCAACCCGAAAUGAAAUACUGGAAGAACUAAAAAGCGUGAAGGAUGAAAAUCUCGCCCUUCGAGAAGAAAACACAAAAUUGAAAGAAAGACUUAUAAAUACUGAAAGAAAAAUAAGAAAAUUCAAUCUAGUUGUCUAUGGUGUCAAGGAAGAGCAAGAUGAAAUUGGAGAUAUAAACAACUUCUUGAACAUCCUCGAUACCCACCUAGAUAUAAAAGCAAACUUCAAUGACUUGCGCGAUUUUCAUCGAAUUGGAAAGGCAAAAGAAAACAUAAAUCGCCCGGUCCUGGUGGAAUUACUGAGUUAUAAGUUGAAAACAGAAAUUUAUGCCAAAGUGAAGAAGCUCAAAGGUACUGGAAUUUUCGUUUCAGAAGAUUACAGUCCCGAGGAUUACGCUAUACAGAAAAAACUGAGAAUUUAUUUGAAAAAAGCUAGAGAAAAUGGACAACAAGCAUUUAUGCGGAAUAACCUUCUCAUAAUUGAAGGGAGCAGCUAUACAGUAGAGGAUCUGGAAGAACAAAAUUAUCUGGAGGGUAAAGUUAACGAAGAAGAAGAUAAGGAAGUAUUAGAAGUGGUGGAAAACAGAAAUAUCAAUACAAAAAGAAAUAUAGGAAUGGAUGAAAAGUAUAAGAUAGGAGAAAAAGAAAAAGAGAAGAAAAUCACCAAAGAGAGUACGACAAAAAGAGGGGAGCCACAAGGAGUUGCAGCCAGUACAAGAAGAACAACUAGAAUCAAAAGCAUAAGUCAAAUUUAA